CAAAGUAACUGUCAAGCUACAACGACGAGAAAAAAGCAAAUAAGAGACGAAAUCAGACACGAAAUUUUGAAGGAGAAAUUCAUCUUGAAAAUUCAGUGCAAAAAGACCCAAAUAUCGAACAAAUUUGUUGCAAGAGUUACUCAUCAAAGAGUGAAACAAUCCGUUAAAUAACGAAGCAAUUGCAACAGUUACACAUAAUGGCUGGAGCUACGAUGUUUGACCGCGCUCAGUCGCUGCAGCUGAACCGCCAGGAUCUGUCCACAAUUGCUGCCGACCUAGAGGUGGAUGAAAACGAUGAAGAGCAAAUUCGUCAGAAAGAGGCAAAAAUUCUUGAGCUUGGCGAAGCGUACAAGAAGGAAGGCAAGGCCAAGGAACUGGCCGAUUUAAUCAAGGUCACACGGCCUUUCCUGGGAUUCCUUAGCAAGGCUAAAGCGGCUAAGCUAGUUCGUUCGUUGGUGGAUUUAUUCCUCGAUCUGGAGGCAGAAACUGGCAUCGAGGUUCAACUCUGCAAGGAGUGCAUCGAAUGGGCCAAACAGGAAAAACGCACCUUCCUGCGACAGUCCCUGGAGGCAAGACUGAUUGCGUUGUAUUUUGACACCGGAAUGUACACGGAAGCACUUGCCCUCGGCAGCCAGCUGCUGCGGGAGCUCAAAAAGUUGGACGACAAAAAUCUGCUCGUCGAGGUGCAGCUGCUUGAGAGUAAAACUUAUCACGCCCUUAGUAAUCUCCCCAAGGCCCGUGCUGCGCUCACAUCUGCCCGGACAACGGCAAAUGCUAUUUACUGCGCACCAAAGGUGCAAGCCACGUUGGACCUUCAGUCCGGUAUUUUGCAUGCUGCCGAUGAGAGAGAUUUUAAGACAGCAUUUUCCUACUUCUACGAAGCUUUCGAAGGAUUCGAUAGCGUACAGAGUCCGAAGGCGCUAACCGCCUUAAAGUAUAUGCUACUGUGCAAAAUUAUGCUUGGCCAGAGCGACGAUGUCAACCAGAUUGUUAGUGGGAAAUUGGCAAUCACUUACUCCGGACGUGACAUCGACGCUAUGAAGGCGGUGGCACAGGCCUCGCACAAGCGAUCGCUAGCUGACUUCCAGGAUGCUCUCAAGCAGUACAAGCACGAACUGGAGGACGAUGUGAUUGUUAAGGCUCACCUGGGUACACUUUACGACACAAUGCUGGAGCAAAAUCUGUGUCGUAUUAUCGAACCGUAUGCCCGGGUUGAGGUCAGCUACGUGGCGGACCAGAUAAGCCUACCGAUCGCUCAGGUGGAGAAGAAAUUGUCACAAAUGAUUCUGGAUAAGAAGUUCAGCGGAAUCCUGGACCAGGGUAUUGGCGUCCUGAUCGUGUUCGAGGAAGCUCCGGUGGAUAAGACCUACGAAACAGCCCUAGAGACGAUACAGCACAUGGGAAAAGUGGUGGACACAUUGUAUCAAAAGGCCAAGAAGCUGACGUAAGUGUUUUCGGUGCAGGCCCUUGCAGUUUAGGAGCUUUUCCGUUUAGGUUUUUUUUUGUUUUCGCUCUUAUUUUACUUUUCACAGGCGGACUCUUCUCAAACGUAAAAAUUAGAACAAUUUUAUAACACCCAUACAUCUAUUUGGUUUCGUCACGGCAGUAUCAUUUUUUUCAUCGUAUUAUCUUUACUCCCGGAAUCAUUCGCAUCAUUAAAUCGUUUCGUGGGAAUGCACUCUCGUAGAAUUGAUUGUGCGGUGUCCAAUCAUAAACGGCUAUGAUUGGAUAGUGGACAUAUCAAUUCCACGUAAGUGAGACCUGAGAACGGAAUAGUGGUGAGUUUAGCGUUAUAUAAAUACAAAAUAAAAAUUCAAUUUCUAUCCAUAACCGUGACCUUUUGCGAAAAGAUGUUGUAAUAAUAGGAAGAAAGUUUGGGUAAUGUUCCAGUUUGAUCCAUGUAUCUUAAUAGUUAUCCCAUCAAACGGCGAAAACUCUGAUUAUAACGUUAACGAGAUUUAAAAUUCUUGGAGAGCUUUCCAUCAAUAAUUCUAGACUCGGUUCUCCGAAGUCCAGCUCUUUAGUUAAUGGACAUAUAGCUUCUCACGCUUUGACGGUUUGAAAAUUUCUCAUAUACUGCGCUAUAUUUUCUAAGGAGAGCUUAAUUCCGGAGAUUGAGUAAAGCAGAUCGGUGUACUUAUUGCUACACCAACAUCAACAAUUUUCGCAGCCUGUAAAGAUAUGAACUAUUGAGGAAUAAAAUUACGCGUUCGAAAUAUCAGGAAGUGUAAUAACUGCAGUAAAUGAUUUAGUACGAGUAUAACAAAGUCAGAACAUAUUCAAAUAAAUUAUUUCGUAAAAACUCA